AUGUUUAACGAGUACCAGGAGGAGAAUGAUCUGCUACGGAGACUGCUGCGGAUCACACCAGAGAUAAAACUAUGUAGAAUAGACUCCCUGCAGCUCUCUGUCUCUGAAGAGGAGGUUCCCCCUGAGCAGCAGCACUGUGAGCAGGAGUGGAGUCACAGUCUGGAGCAGGAGGACCCAGAGCCCACACAGAUUAAAGAGGAACAGGAGGAUCUCAGGACCAGUCAGGAGGAAGAGCAGCUUCAAGGGCUCUUUGAUACCAAAGACUCCAUAUUCACUCCUCCUUGUGUAAAAAGUGAACGUGAUCAGGAGGACCCACUUCAGUCCUUGACUCUUCCCCAAACCCAGACUGUGGAGAACCGAGAGAGUGACUCUAAACCAGUGGAUCUCAAACCUUUUGUCAUUGUGACCCACAUUAAGGGUUUCUACAGUCCCUGUGACCCUCCAGAUAAUCAAAACAUUGUCUGCAGCCACAGUUCAGCUGUAAGCAAUGACCCAGUAGGGCUUGACAACAGCCCACCAUUGGAUCCCAGCCCAACAUUGGGGGAACACUGUUCCAAACCCAGCACUACAGCUAGAAAAACUCACCACUGCUGUGACUGUGGUGCAACAUUUGCUCUGAAAGCUGACCUGCAGAGACAUGUGACUCUCUUCAGUAACAGACCCAGUGAAUGUAGUUCCUGCCAGAACCGCUACAACUCCACCUGUAAACUAAAGGCCCAUGUCCGACUCUGUCAUGGUGGGAAACCCUGCACCUGCCCUGUUUGUGGCAAGACCUUCAAAUACAAAGGAGGUCUCCCCAGGCACAUGAGGAUUCACAAAGGAGAGAAACCUUUUAGCUGUGGUGACUGUGGGAAAAGCUUCAAUCAGAAGGGGAACCUAACUGAACAUGUACUGAUUCACACAGGAGAGAAACCAUUUAGCUGUGGUGACUGUGUGGGAAAAGCUUUGGGCUCAAGCGGUACCUAACCAUGCUAAACUGACUCACACAGGAGAGAAACCAUUUAGCUGUGGAGACUGCGGGAAAAGCUUUAAUCGCAAGGCGUCUUAACUAUGCAUAUAUACUCACACAGGAGAGAAACCAUUUAUCUGUGGUGACUGUGGAAAAGCUUCCGGCAUAAGGGUGCUUAAGAUACAUGUACUGACUCACACAGCAGAGAAACCAUUUAGCUGCGGUGACUGUGGAAAGCUUCGAUAAGAGGGGAACCUAAAAGUGCAAUUUACGACUCCACACAGGAGAGAAAUCUUUUAGCUGUGGAGACUGUGGGAAAAGCUUCAAUACGAGGGGGAACCUGACCAGGCAUGCACGGACUCACAGCAGAGAUAAUUCCUUUCGCUGUGGUGACUGUGGGGAAAGCUUGAUGAGAAGGGGCGCCUAAAUGAACAUAUACGAACUCAACAAGGAGAGAAACGAUUUAUCUGUGGUAACUGUGGGAAAAGCUUUAAGCAUAAGGGGUGCCUUAAAAUACAUAUAUUGUCUCACACAGGAGAAAAACAUAUAGGUGUGGUGACUGUGGGAAAGCUUCGAUGAGAAGGGGCACUCUAAAUGAGCAUAUACAGACUCACACAGGAGAUAAACCUUAUCAGCUGUGGUGACUGUGGGGAAAGCUUCAAUCAGAAGGUGGGAC